ACAAAGCUCCAAAAAUCUAUUUCUUCUUACAAACACUUCUGUAAAAGAGCUCUUUUGUGGUAAACCCCGGUGGACUGUGAGCUGUGUGGUCACGAUUACACGCUAUAUCUCGGCACGCACAAAAUGCACUCCACAGAAGCACACGACAAGGCGCUGCUCUGUUUCGAACGAUACGAUCUGUGGGGGGGCCGUCUAGCACAGGUACGGGCUGAGCACGUACGCGACCGAUCUGUAUCACAUACCAUGCUUGUCAUUCAUCGCGGAACCAUCAACAAGGGGAAGAUAAUUCAAUAAUCUAUAAUAAUUCCUCGCGCACAACAGUCUUCGACUAUUCGGUUUCUUCCCGUCUGCUGGCAAAGACACCCGCAGCCGAACGUUGGACAGUAGGCGCCGGAAACUCGAUUCCAAAGGAAGCAGAUCUAGUAGCCAGUUGAAGCUGUCUGUCAACUGUUUACAACGAAAGGAGCUGCAGCUUCCGUAUCGUUGGAAGCCGGAACGGAAGAGAGUAAACGAAACGACGCGGUGUCCGUCAUCACCAUCCCAUCCAACGACGGGGCCUGUGAGUCAGGAGACCACCACCACCAGCAGCAACAGCAGCAAGUAAGCAGAGGGCCGUUACGUGUGAGUUCGAUAACGAGCAAUAUGCAGGUGCUGUAUUGAUGGAGUGGAUGUCAAGGUGUAUUGGAGACGACGCGAUCUGGAGCGGCAGAUAACACUAGGUUCUCAAAAACGUACCAGCAACACACGAAGCGAUCGAAGGGAGAGCGCUCGCCCCGAAAGAGACAGAUUGCCACAGAUAGAAACAACAGGUGUGUUAGAGCGAGAUACGCAGAAAGAGAAUCCGAAAUCCGUGGCCGGCGAUAACAGUGUCGCAGGUUGAGUAGAAUAGGCAAUUUUCCAGGAAGCGGCAGGUAUAGUUCUCCUGCGAUUGCAGAGCACCAGUUAGUACGCGUUGGAUUCGCCAAUAAGUUAGGUUAGCUUUACGCCGGUGUCCGUCGUAGCGGUUGUGCAGUAGAGAUCGCAAGCUCGAUGCGCCUGUGUGGAAGCGAAGGAGGAAGGUGCGCGUGUGGCCCAGCGGGUGUUGGGGGCAAGGUGAAAGACAUUAACAGGUGCUAACGGGUUGUGGGACGCGAGACGAGUAGAGAGCUAGCGAGGCGAGCAGCAAACGUUUCGAAGCGAAUACAACGAAUUCGGACAGGGCGCGCGCGCGCGCGAAUAGUGAGAGUGAUCGCGACCAGUGUGGGGACUACAGCCGAACACAGCAAAGCGCACUAAACCAACCCCCCCCCCCCCGGAGGAAGGUGCUAAUACUAAGUAUCAAUAAAACAUUGCUGCGCAGCAUUCGGCGGACGACGGCGACGACGACGUUACUACAAGGGCGCAUAAUAACACAUCCAGGUGCCGGAAGUCAGACAGACGCGGGCGGUGUGAAGCAAAAUGGACAUCCUGGCAACGACCACCGAGCGGCUGGCCGAAACGCUAGUGGCCGGAGCGAACGGGUCGCUAACGCUGAACCCCUUCCAAGAUGGCGUCGACGAUCACGAAGAGGAAGACGAUUCGCCAACGAUCGCUAAAGUGACCUCGAUGGUGGUGCUGUUUAGCGUCAGCAUGGUGUGUGGCCUUGUACCGUUCAAGUUGGUGCGCUGGUUUAAUCUUAAUCCAGCCUCCCCGUCCGGUGGUACGCAUCUGUUCCUGAUCCGGCUGCUCCUGUCGUUCGGCGGUGGUGCCUUGCUCAGCACCACCUUCCUACAUCUGCUGCCCGAGAUCAAUCACUCGAUCGAGGAGCUGGUCGAAACCGGCGCUCUGCCCGAACCGGACGAUCUCCCGUUCCCGCUGGGCGAGUUCCUGCUUACGAGUGGUUUCUUCAUGAUCUAUCUUACCGAGGAGUUGGUCCACUGGUGGAUGCAUCGACGUUCGGUCAAUGCUCGUGCGUCUGCCAAGAUCGCCAAGAGUGCCGUCACCACCGACACAAUCGCAAUCGAGGGUCACUCGAAGGGUCACGAACUGUCGCACGGACAUUCGCACCUGCCGGUCGGAAACGUCACCGCCGUCUAUCCCAUUACCGAUGUGGACGGUACCCCGGCCGUACCGAGUGAUGUACCGGCCCCGGUAGUGGCCAGUGCAAACGGACCACUGCGAGGGCUGCUGAUUGUGCUAGCGCUCUCCAUCCACGAACUGUUCGAAGGGUUAGCGGUCGGUUUGGAACGAUCGCCGUCAGCCGUCUGGCUGCUGUUUGGAGCCGUUGCUUCGCACAAGUUUGUGAUUGCGUUCUGUGUUGCGUUUGAGCUGCUGGUGGCGGCGGUACAGUUCCGCAUCGCCGUGGCGUACAUCUUCGUCUACUCGGUCGUCAGCCCGAUCGGUAUCGGUAUCGGCAUUGCGCUCAGUUCCGUCAGCUCCGACACGAACCAAACGAUCGAGGUGGUGUCGGUGGUACUGCAGGGGCUGGCCAGCGGUACGCUUAUCUACGUGAUCUUCUUCGAGAUACUGGCGAAGGAUGCGGGACACAGUCACGGUGGUGGCGGCGAAGGAGGAAAAGGGCAUGCCGACGAUCAUCAACAUUCCGUGUCGCCCACGAACGGGCUGUGGCAGUUCUUGGCUGUACUGGCCGGGUUCGGUUUGUUGCUGGGCAUCAAGGCCGCAACCGGACACAGCCAUGGCCACAGUCACGGGGAAGGUGACGAUCACGACCACGAUCAUGACCACUGAGAGCGCUUUGCCACCCAAGGCAAGAAAAAGGAUGUUGGCGGUCAACUUUUCCAUGAUGAUUUUACACGAGCAGAGGACGAGCAGCGAAAAUGCAAUUGGCAAAAGUUUAUAUAUAUAUUGUAUUAUAUGUAAUACAUUCUACGUGUUAAAAUAGAUUAGUAGAAGGAAGAAGGGACAUUUGAGUAAGCACCAGCCACUACUACUACUACUACUACCUACCAAUAAGGCGCUUACACUCAUCCUUACUCUGAGCUGCACCUGCGAUCCGUGCCCAUCCGAUUGGUGUUAAUAAUCAACAAUGUGAUACCCUUUUAAUUAGACUCAAAUAGAUAGACCCAAACAACAACCUUUGUAGCCCGUACAAACAUUUGUCUAAAGAAACUGUUAAAUUGUUGAGAAAAAAA